UUUCAUAAUCAGCUGAUCUUUUUGACAUCACUUGAAAUUUGACGUAAUAUUACGUCAAAUUGUAAUAAUACUCAUACAUAACUCAUAACCUCGAAUCGUAAAUAUUAAAGUUAUUUAGCAAAUAUCGCGUUGUUUAUUCAAUGUAAUUCAUGUUUAAUUAAUAGAUAUAGCAAUGGCUAUAUUUAAAUAAUUAUUUUUAAUUCUUAAUCAAGGAAAAGCGUUAAAAAGGGACAAAAAUGGCGGGAAAUAUGACACGCACAAGCACAAGUAAAGAUGGCGUCCUACGUGACGUCACAGACAUGGCGAUGGGCGGGAUAUCGGCGAUGUUUGCGACACUGUUCACUAAUCCUAUCGAGGUUGUGAAGACCCGUCUGCAACUGCAGGGAGAGUUGGCGGCGCGCGGGAAACACGCCGUCUUUUAUAGGAACGUGCCUCAUGGCUUGUUUGUUAUUGGGCGCGCUGAGGGCCUGCUAGCCUUGCAGAGCGGAUUACCCGCCAUGCUAGGAUUUCAAUUUUGUUUGAAUACGUUUAGAUUAGGAGUGUACCGUAUAUCGGAACGUCGUGGUUUUAUUACUGGUACCGAUGGUCGGGUGUCAGUGGUGGGUGGUGCGAUUGCGGCGGGGCUCGGCGGCGCGCUCGGCUCCAUUGCUGGCACGCCGUUCUUUCUCGUCAAGACACGACUGCAAGCGCAGGCCGCUAAAGCCAUCGCUGUCGGACAUCAGCAUACGCACAGCGGAACUUUCAAUGCGUUGAAAGAUAUUUACAGAAGAGAAGGUGUUAAGGGUCUUUUCCGUGGUGUUUACCCUCAAAUCCCGCGCGGCGCAGUUGGCAGUAGUUCUCAGAUGGUGAGCUUCGCCUACGCCAAGCAAUGGCUACGCGAUCGCGACAUCUGUGCCACCUCGCCGCUCAUGCUGUCAUUUCUCGGCGCCAAUCUCGGCGGGAUUGUCAUGACCUUUUGUUUGAACCCAUUCGACGUGAUGGCCACAAGGCUUUCCAAUCAACCCGUGGACAGUAACAACAGAGGUACACUUUAUCGUGGUAUGUCUGACUGCUUCCUCAAGAUGUUGAAGUCUGAGGGAGCAGGGGCCUUCUACAAAGGAGUUGGCGCCAACUAUCUGCGUUUGGGCCCCCAUACUGUUCUACUGUUGGUCUGUUGGGACCAACUUAAAAUAUUAGAAGAAUUUCUAAGAAGUUGACAUAUUAUGGCCAUGUUAAACGUUUUAGAAAGUUGACGAAAUAUUCCUUGUUAUAUUAAUUUAAAUUUA